AUGGCUCGCUUAAGCUUUCCUUCAUUAAUGGCAAUGCUAGUAGCAUUUUCUGUAGCCUCCACCAUGGCACAGCCACCGGCGUCAUCUCCCUCAAAAUCUCCACUAGCGAGUCCACCAACGAAAGUCCUUACUCCUGCGCAGUCUCCGGCAGCUACGACUCUCGCAUCUGCGUCGUCUCCUGUGAAGACUCCGCUGAUGAGUGCUCCGUCCCCGACAGUGGUGACCUCUCCGCCAUCGCCUUCCCCUGUUUCUCCUGAGGCUUCGGUGAGCCCUCCUGCGUCAAUUGCUGCUACAUCUUCGGAAGCUCCUGGGCUGGUGGAGAACAGUGCGGUUUUGAGCAGAGUCAGCUUCGCUGGAUCUCUGGGCGUCAGAGUAUCCACAACAGCAGCUUUGCUUUUUUGA